ACGUGUCAACCGCUCAACUUGAGAACGCUCCUCACUGAUUGCAUUUCCUGAUUUCCAAAAACAUGGAAUUACGUACAAGAAUACAAAAUUAAAGAUCUGGAAUUGAAUUGAAUAGGCGAUUUUCUCUUGCACGUGGAAUCUAACUGCAAGGCACAUCAACGGUUAAGUUUUGAGCUAUGUCAAGGAGGCCAGUCAAUCCGUCUCGGCGAUACGGAGACAGUAGUGGAGGAGGAGGAGGAGCCGCUGGUCUCUUCGCCUUCAAUUACAAGUCGCGUUCUGCUCCAUAUUUUCCGAUUGUUCUUAUUGUCCUCGGAGCACUCUUUAUUUUUGCCUACUUGUUCAGGGGCUCAGGAGGAUUUGGUAGCAACAAAGGGGUUGUCAGUACGAUUGAAGGUGAUUUUUCGUGCACAGUAGAGGUUCAGCGAGCAAUUCCAAUUUUGAAGAAGGCCUAUGGUGACCACAUGCGUAAAGUUUUGCAUGUUGGCCCUGAUACUUGUUCGGUGGUUUCUUUAUUGCUGAAAGAAGAGGAAACUGAAGCUUGGGGUGUGGAACCAUAUGAUAUUGAGGAUGUGGAUAGUCACUGCCGAGCACUAGUGCAAAAGGGCAAUGUGCGUGUUGCCGAUAUCAAGUUUCCUCUUCCUUACAGGCCAAAGUCUUUUUCUCUUGUAAUUGUGUCAGAUGCAUUAGACUACUUGUCUCCAAGGUAUCUCAACAGAACGCUUCCUGAAUUGGCUAGGGUAUCGAGUGAGGGUCUGAUAAUAUUUACAGGCUUUCCAGGUCAGCAUAGAUCUAAAGUUGCAGAAGUAUCCAAGUUUGGAAAAGCAGCUAAGUUGAGGAGUUUGUCUUGGUGGACACGAUACUUUAUCCAGACCAGUUUAGACGAAAAUGAAGCUGCUGUGAAGAAGUUUGACCAGGCAGCAGCAAAGAAGUCGUACAGCCCAGGUUGCCAAAUUUUCCACCUCAAGGCAUACAGUUGACUUCCUGCAUAAUUUAAAUCAACUUUUACUGAAGCUCAUUGGUAUAACUAAACCCAAAUUUUUUUCUGUAAAUGUGGAUCAGAGUAAUUCAAAUUCUUCAAUAGAAUAUUUUUGCUAAUUAUUUUGUAUCAUGCUGUAUUUCAACCCACAUGACUUUUAUUCUUUGAUUGUCAUUGUUAUACCGAAAUCGGAGCAUGGAUCAAUAUUCUUAGCUCAAAUUAUGUUUCGGUCUGACUGUUUUAACUUGUAACAAGAAGUUGUUUAGCUAUUGAUACCCUUAAAAUUUGAAUUUUGGUUA